AUGGCGGGUGCAAAUGUGGUCAAGUGUUCCAUUCGCUGUUUUUGCCCUUCCGGCGCCGGCAGCACGAGGGUCAGAUUCUGUAGAAUUGCAAGCGCUUUUCUAAGACGACAGCAUACAAAGCCCAUGAAAGAUGACAAUGUUCAGGACGUAUGUUCAGCUCAAUUUCUCAUAUAUUUAUUUUGCGCUGCUCGGAAAUUUGAUCUGCAUAAGGAUUGUGUAACCCUGGCGCUUGUUAAAUUCACAUAUUCUUAUUACUGAUUUGCCGGCCCAUUUAAUUGAGAAUAUUGCGGGUAUCUGAGGGAGAGAGAUUUUUCUGUAACAAUUUCAGAAUACUGUAUUGAAUCCAACCUUGGGGAAUUAAUGUGAGUCUAAAAUUUUAAAUUCGCAGCAUCGGCGUGGAUAGUACAGUGAUAGGUCUCUGUUUAUUUAAUGAAUGACAACUGAUUCACAUCUCCACUAGCAAGAGUUCCAUUGAGAGAUUAUGUUUUAGACUUAACUGUCCACCUGGAGAACGAUGCUCUCAAAGAACAAAACCGGACAAGAUGUUGUGGCAAGGAAAAGACAUACCCUUUUUCUGCCUGGGUGUCACGCAAUUGCAAGUGCCAACAACAGUUUUUCGUUUCUAAAAAAUAUCUCCUUACAUCAGUCAAGUAAAUCUGCAAACAUCGAGUGGAAUCUAUUGCAAACUGUUGAUGAUAUGGUUCUGAAACUGGCCAAUUUUCUUUGUAAACUUCAGCUAGUUUGAGAUCCAUUCUGGAUUAUUUGAGUUUGCAUUAUACCUCUUGCAUCACACCUCUUACUAAGCUAAGCUUUGCAGAUAUACCAAGCACGGCAUGAUGAAUCAAGCAGACAAGUUGAUUCCAUGUUAACAGUCUUUUGUUUGAGUUAGAUACUCAAUAUGACUGUAUAUGAAUCUGAGAAAUAUGAACAAAAAUGUACAGUAUGUUACCUAGAAGGAUUAAAACCCCCCUCCCUCUGAUGAGCCAAUCAAUUGUCUCAUCAAUUACAUUAAACAAUUUUAUUGUUACAUUUAUGUGCUAUUAAGAAUGUACUAGUUCAUGAUGUUCAAUCUGGUAAACUAUACUUGCUGUUAGCUACAAAGUAUAAGUUAUACAGUCAAGUUUAUUAGGUACAUUUGUUGUCAGUAAUGUAAAUUAAUUUCCAGGCAAAAUGAUUUUUAAGGUGCUUGAUUUGCUCAAAUUUGUCCUUUGUGGGAGAUAAAAUUAUGAUUAUUCUCAAAAACAGAGAAAUACAGAUGAAACUAAGUGUCAAAUCAUUUUAACUUGAAAUCAUUCUACAUUCUAAGCUACAGUAUACCACAGGAAAAGAAGGAAUUUAAUCAGGGCAAAGGAUUCCCUUCUAUUAUGGAUGGGAUCUUUGUCUGAGUAGUUUUCUGAAAGUACUAAUACAUGUUCAAUUUUGUUGAUACCAGUUAUUGUUAAAUUAUCAAUCAACAGAUCAUUUCCUCAAGACAAAGAAAAUAUUUCAAAGAGCAAGAAAUUAGACCUCUUUCAGACUUCUUAACUGACAAGUUUGGAAGACAUCACACAUAUCUUAGAAUUUCACUGACAGAAAAAUGCAAUCUAAGAUGUAAGUACCAAAUGUGCAUUUAUUUACAUAUUUUUGAGAAUGCCUCUGUGGUAAUAGAAGUUUAGUAUCCUGAGGUUGCAAUCACAGGUUUUCUUUCAAUAAACACAAACUUUUUUAUUCUCCUACACCUUUUCUAAGAAUAAACACUCCCUUAAAAACAACAUGCAUGACUGCACUCGCAUGCAGUGUUAAUCAAAACUCAACUACAUUCAGGCCCAGUUUUUAACAAUAUUUUCCAUUCUCUAGUAUGAUUUUUUGUAAAACUUCAGUACUUGAAUUGUAACCUGUUCAAUGAACUGUUAAGAAAGUCUUUCAAUUGUUGAGUACAACUUUCCACUGAUAUAUAACUAUCUUGACUUUUAGGUCAAUACUGUAUGCCAGAGGAAGGUGUGGAACUGUCUCCAAACUCAGAACUUUUAACAACAGAAGAAAUUGUAUCUUUGGCAAAAUUAUUUGUCAGGGAAGGAGUCAACAAAAUCAGACUUACUGGCGGUGAACCUUUGGUGCGCAAGGAUAUUGUUGAACUUUGUGGUAAGAUUGGUAUAGGAAAAGACUUUUAUAAGCUGCACAAGUUGUAUGUGAACAGGUUGUGCAGAUAAACACCAUGGUAUAAGACCAGAUUGUUUAUUUGUUUAUGUCUUAACAAUAGUAAGCCUAGGGCUAUUGAACUGAUAGGGUCAUUGUUAGUAAUGAUAUUAAUAUCUUUUUGAUUAGAGCUGAAUGUGAAAAGUGCAAAAAAAAUUUUAAAUACUCACAAGACGAACAGCACUAGCUUUACAUUUGUUGAAGUUUAUAGUUUUAAUUUAAUUUAACCCUUUCACUCCCACAAGUGACCAAGACAGAAUUUCUCCUUACAGUAUGAAUACAAUAUCAAACAGGCAGGGAAUGAGAAUAGAGAAAAAUAUCAAUCAUGGGAUUAUUAUUAGUUGAUCCAAUACCAAAUUCUCUGAACUAACAUCAUAAGAAUUGUAUGGCAGAUAGUAAGGAGAAUUACUAAUCAGAUCUUGGGAGAGAAAGGGUUAAUUUAAGUUUAUUGAGUUUGAUUUGAGCAGUCCAGUAGAGAGGUUCAUAAGGAAGCUGGAUUUGAAAUGUGAAGGCCACAAGUUUAUACCCUCCUGCUUCUCAACUGGAAUAUUUUGCUUCUAAGAAGUCUUUGGGUUAUCUCAAAUCUUCAGCAUGGCUUUGCAAGAAGCAAAUAGUUACUCAAUAAUUAGUUGUUUAAUGUAACAUUAAUAUAAUUUUGACUCUAUUUAUGAUUGAACAGAGGAACUUGGAAGAAUAGAGGGACUUGAAACUUUAGCAAUGACAACAAAUGGCAUUACACUUGCAAGAAAGUUACCACAACUAAAAAAUGCUGGACUUAACUUACUAAACAUCAGCCUUGAUACCUUAGUGCCACAGAAAUUUGAGUUUAUUACGAGAAGAAAAGGUAUGAUACUAAUCAACAGUCUGUUAACCCUUAGGAGUGACUAGCAUUUAUUCUCUCCUUACACUAUCACCCUUGAAUCAAACAUUGAGGUCAUGAGAAUAAGGGAAAUGAUCACAAAGUAAAGCAGCUCUUGAUGAUUAAACAAAUUCUCCUUGUCAGCUCCUUAGGAAAAGUAUAGAGAACAGUAUGGAGAGUAUGCAUGAUUGAUAUUAAGGUGUAAAGGGUUGAAUAAUUGUCAACUAUUCAUGAUAAAUAUAAUUUUGUAGGGUUAGACCAGUACAAUCAAUUCUUCUCACCACUGAGCAAUUAUGACAAAGUCAGAGCAAUGAAUUGCAAUUAAUUAAGAAGAGAGUACAGUACCAUAUUCUGUUGUUUGUAGCUUAUAAUUCAUUCAAAGACAAUUUUGUCAAGAAUUUUGUGAGAACUCCUAAUUUUCAAUAGCUCAACAGUACAAUGUAUAUUUUUUUCAAAGGACCAUCCAUUGAUUGGUUUUGAUAAUUGAUGUUCAGUUUUUCUAAUUCUAGCGCAGAGGCUGGUGUAGAAGUGGUGAAUCAGUCAACUAACUUCAAAAUUUUCCUUCAAAUGUUUCUUAGGCUGGCACAAGGUUAUGGAAUCCAUUGACUCUGCUUUAGAGCUUGGCUAUGACCCAGUUAAGGUAGGAUUAAGAUCUUACACAUUGUGCAAAAGUGACCAAAUAAUUUUGAGGAAACAGCAUUUUAACACUCAAUGGAAUAAAUAAAAUUGGCCACAGCCUGGAGCCUUGUCUUUCACUCACUGCAAAUGAUCAGACUACAACCUUUUAACCCCAUUAAGGGACCAAGACAGAAUUUCUCCUUACAUCAUCAAUAAAACAUCAAACUGACUAGUGAUGAGAAUACAGAAAAUAUCAAUCAGGGGAUUAUUAGUUGACCCAAUACCAAAUUUUCUGAACUAACAUCAUGAGAAUUAUUUGGCCAACAGUAAGGAAACUUAAUAUUAAAUAAACGAGAUCCUGGGAGUGAGCAGUUUAAAGAAACACUUGAGUUAUCAAUUUCUCUGUCAGUAUUUUCAAGUUUAAUUAUUCUGUUUAUUAUGAAAGAUGAUUAGCUGUGUAUGACCAGCUCAAGAUAAAUCAAGAAAUAAAGCAUACCUAACAUAAUAGUGACACUUUGUUAGAUUAAUAUAGCUGUAAGAUAUUUAAUGUCAAUUUUUGUGUUAAUUACCUUAUGUGAUAUUUCCAUCAGGUGAAUUGUGUGGUAAUGAGAGGAUUGAAUGAAGAUGAAGUCUGUAACUUUGUGGAAAUGACACAGAAUAAGGUAGAACUCAAAAUAUUUGUUAUUUAAUGUAUAGUAGUGGGUAGGGAUUAUUAUUUAUUUUGAGGGUAUCUAGUUGGUUGUAAAAGCAUUCAAGGUAAAUUGUGCGGAAUAAUUUAAUGUUUUAACCCUUUAGCUCCCAUAAGUGACUAAAACAGAAUUUCUUCUUACAAUAUCAAUACAAUAUCAAGCAGAAAAGUGAUGAGAAUAAAUAAAAAUAUCAGUUUGAGGAUUAUUAGUUGAUCCAAUACCAAAUUCUCAAAACUAACAUCACAAGAACUGUAUGGCAGACAGUAAGGAGAAUUACUAAUGAGAUCUUGGGAGUUAAAGGGUUAAAUGAAUCAAAUUAUUAAAAAAAUUGUGAAAAUAUGAAUUAGGUUUAAGAUCAGUAUUUCAUUGUUGACUCAUGUAAUUUUUUUUUUUUAUCAUACCAGGUUAUAGAUGUGAGGUUCAUAGAAUACAUGCCAUUUGAUGGUAAGUUCAAUGAUAAUGUAUUUAUUAUUAAUAUAAACCCUUUCACUCCCAAGAUCUCAUUAGCAAUCCUCCUUACUGUCUGCGAUACAAUUCUUAGGAUGCUAGCUGUGAGAAUUUUGUUUUGGAUAAACUAAUAAUCCCCUAAUUGAUAUUUUUGUUACUCUCAUAACUUGUCUACUUGAUAUUGUAUUGAUAUUGUAAGGUGAAAUUUUUAUCUGCUCACUUAUUGGAGUUUAAGUGUUAAUACAGUUAAAAUUAAAAAUGAGAUGCUUGUUAAGUAUUAAUUUGAUACAGAUUUUAAUUAUCGUGGCUGCUUUUUCUCAGGUAACAAGUGGAACUUCAAGAAGUUUGUUCCAUUCAGUGAGAUGUUGGAGAGCAUAUCUCAGAGAUGGCCAAAUGUUGAGAAGGUGUCAGACCAUCCUAAUGAUACCUCAAAGGUAUAAAAAGUAUGGCAUAGUGACUGGCAAAUUGCUUUUAGUUAGUUAGUUAGUUAGUCAGUCAGUUCAUUUUAGUUUGGUUCCUCAGUCACCCAUUCAGUUGGUGAAACAGUCAAUCAGCCAGUUGAUGACUGUCAGUCUGUCAGACAGUUAAAGCUUGAGUAUCUGACGAAGGGCUAACACUUGAAAUAUCAGCUUUGGAAACUCUUUAUGGAGACCGAUUUAAUUUAUCAACUCAAUAGAUAAAACCAAGUAAAGUAUUCUGAUCAUUCAGUGCUUGAGGUAAGCAGUCAAACAAUCAAUCAGAUGGUCCAUCUGCAAAAAAGCUGGUUCUUAGCUAGUUAGCCCUUUGUUUAGUUGGUAGUCAGUCAAUAAAUCUGUCUGUCAGUCUUUCAAACUGAUGGUUUGUCUACCAAUUAGGUGCAUUUAGUCUGCAGCCAAUCAACUGUUAGUUAGUCAGUCAAAGCCUUCAAUAAAUUUUGAAAUCUAUGUACUAUCAUGCUGUGCAAUCCUACAUUUACUUACUUUUCAAUGUAACCUGCUGUUAAAAUGAUCCUUCUUUAUGUAUGUUUUGUUCAGGCAUACAAGGUUCCUGGUUUUGCUGGUCAGUUUGGGUUUAUCACCUCCAUGAGUGAGCAUUUUUGCGGAAGCUGCAACAGGCUGAGAAUCACAGCAGAUGGGAAUUUAAAGGUACAUUGUUUUUUUCAAUUUCAUUCCUGUACUUUAAAGAGACAACAUUAAAUUUAUUGUAUUCCAUGUAGACGACUGUAGAUAGCAAUUUAAGCAUUCCACAUUAAUGCCUCUGGGCAAUUCUUAUGUACAUUAUUUUAAUUUAUUAUUUGUUUUUCAUUCAUAUUCUCAAGGUUUGUUUGUUUGGUAACUCUGAAGUAUCUUUGCGAGAUUCUCUUCGAGCAGGAACCGGUGAAGAGGAGCUUUUAGAGAUCAUCGGUGCUGCAGUAGGGAGGAAAAAGAAACAGCAUGCAGGUGUGUAUACAAAAAGCAUUCAUGAAUACUACCAACAUUGUCAGAUGAUGCAUUUAAACUGUGAGUUGCAGACUGCAACAGAUCAGUCCUGUGAGCCAAGUGGACUAUAAAACAAGAGAUUAUCUCCAGUCUGAUUUCCAUAGCAUUAACCCAUAAGAGUGACUGGCAUCUAAUUUCUCCUUACCAUAUCACCCCUGAAUCAAACAUUAAGGUCAGGAGAAUAAGGAACUGAUCACCAAUUAAAAAAGCUCUUGAUUGUUAGACAAAUUCUCCUUGUCUGCACCCUAGGAAAUGUUUAUAGAACAGUAUGGAGAAUAUGCAUUAGGAUGUAAAGGGUUGAGUUUUUAAAGAGUAGACAACAUAACUAUUCUUCCCCAUGGAAAGGAUGUAAGAUUUCCAUGACAAUUUGACAAUACCCAUUUAUACUCAUGUAGAGGGAAUAAGAGAACUGUGAGAUUAGUGGUUUGCCUUGUUCAAGAACAAGACUUGAUUUUACCUUUUAACUCCCAAGAUCUGAUUGUUAAUUCUCUCCUCUUGCUGCUACACAAUUCCUUGUAAAUUAGUUGUGAGAAUUUGGUGUAAGAUCAAGAUAAAACUCCUUAAGUUUGAGUAUUAUUGUGAACCUUUUGCUAGAAAACAUAUGAAUAUCAUAGGAAGACAUUACAUGUUAAUCAGUUCUUUUUUUUUUUAACAGCUUUAUUGACCAUAACACAUGUUACAUGUUAGUUCUGGGAGUUAAAGGGUUAAGCAGACAACAAAGUGACUGUUGUUUUCAUUUCAGAACAGUACUUUGUUUGCCAUGCGAUGAACAGUACUUUUGUAUCCUGUUAGCAGCAUAAUCAUAUUUUACUCAGUCUAGCAGUCUCACCAUUUACACUAUUGAAACUAACUGUUUAUCACUGUCUCCUCUCACAGGAAUGUUCAACAUUGCUAAACAAAAGAAUCGCCCAAUGAUUCUCAUUGGCGGGUGACAACCAAACAG